AUGAAUUUAAGUGCUUGGAUCGAUUUACAAGGAUUAUUUGUUGAAAUACCUCUUAUUAUUCCGCAUACUCCAGAAGGAUGGACAUUACCAUCCAUAGCAGCAAUUUGUAUUUGUGCAGCUAAUAUUGUUCCUGCAAUUGUUGUAAUAUUACGUUGGUGGCAAGGAAAAAAAUUCUCUGAAAUUCCUUACAUUUAUCUUAUUAUUAUUGUUGGAGUAAUUGCUUGUUUUGUACUUGCUCUAUUUUGGCAAAGGACAAUAUUUAUAUUUGGUCGUGAACGAAGUGAAGCACUUACAUCAGCAAUUCCUACCAUAUUAAUACUUGCUCAAGGUGUAGCAGGUGAAACAAUAUGUAUACAGACGGGCAACAGUACUAUUUUCGAACCUACUUAUACUCAACCACGUUUCAGUGUUAGAAUUUUCAUGUUUUGUAUUGCUGGUAUCAUUGUUGCAUCGCUUAUUGCCUUUAUUUUACUUAGAUGGACAAAUAUAGUCACAUUAGCUGAUGCUGCAGAUGUGGAUGAACGUAAGAAAAUUAAAUCCAAUACAGAUAUUGUUCAUGAAGAGAGUGAACCUAUGGUCACUAUUGUAAAAUCACAAACAUCAUCAAAAUCUACGAAAACAAUGUCAAAACGUGUGUUUAGACUAUUAUUAGUUAUAAAUACAAUCAAUUCAACAAUAGCAUAUGGAUGUUUACCAUCGCUGAGUACCUAUGCUUUGUUACCUUUUGGUCAGACAGCUUUCUAUUAUUGGAGUGUUACCAUCCCAAUUGCUUAUCCACUUUCAUUAAUAUUAAGUCUCUUUUGGAAAUCUGUAUCGACAAAUAUGAUUAUAUUUCAAUCGAUAUUUAAUGCAUUUCUUUCUGCUUUGAUAUUUAUUAUUGCAAAACAAAGUCCAUGUCCAUGGUUAGCAGAUACAACACAAGGUGCUCUGAUGAUUAUUACCAUAUGGUUUAUCAUGUCAUUUAUCAGCGGUAUUUUACGAAUUGCAAUUGGUAAUCGCAUUAAAAGUGAAUGGAUAGAUGAAAAAGGCAUGUUCUAUUAUGGUGCAACUGUACAACUAGGUUUACUAUUAGGAACUAUACCUAUAUAUUUUUUAAUUAAUGUAUUUAAUCUUUUUAUUGAUCGACAACCAUGUCAAACAUAUUGUAUAUCCUAA